UGUAGACCUUCAUGCCUCUACAGUAACAUGGCGGUCUGAUGUAAUGAUAUUGUAGGUUUGAAUUAUCGGAUGCAGCGGGACCGGCACUGGAGUGUACAGUUAAUCAAGUAGAACAAUGUCCCAAAGAUGACGAAGCAUAUCGCAGGACAACCCUCACAUAAAUAACACGGAGAUAAUGGAUCCCGUUCACUCUGGACAAGGACUGAAUUCGCCAUCACAACAGGAUAUUUAUUUGUCGUCCAGUUCAAGAGGACGGCAACGAAAGAGAAAUUCUAAAUAUGUUGAUUUUGAAACCGAUGACACAGAUAUUGGUAAAAGCGUCAAACAGAAAUCCCCUCAAAAGUCAGUGGGGAAAAGAGCAACCUGUCGAAAGACUCCCACAAAACAGAGAAAAACUAAAACACCUGAACAACAAACCACAAAUGGAGAAAAAGAAUCACCACAAACAAUCGCUGCAGACUGUGUUGAUACAGUAAUAACUCCUAGAAAACCGAAAAGAGCCAAGAAAGCACAGCCUGUAGAAUCUGCCUCUGCUGCUGGGGACCUGCCGACUGGAAAAACGGGAGGCAGUGUUGUAGAAAACUCUGUCCAGCAGGAAAAUGGGUCACUGAAGCCGAAAAGAAAGUAUGUCAGAAAGAAGCCUGUAGAGGAAGUUAGAUCCCCACCGAAUGAAGAGGAACCAGGUCCUGAACCUGAUGAGGAGGUCCAGUCAGGGGGCCGUCGCCGCAGAAGAGCUGCUAAAGCGGCUCUGAAGUACCUCCAGCUUUUAGCCAAAGAGGUUUUCUCUCACUCCAGAGACGAACUCGGCUCCAAGUUGCACGAAGACGAAGAAUCCGAACAGAAACCUUCCAAACAGACAAGAGGUCGAAAGAGAAAACUUGAUGACGUUGAGAAAGACUUUGUGCCAAAUAUGGAAGAUGAAGACGAGGAAGAGGAAUAUCAAGAAGGAUCAGAUGCUGAAUCGGAUUUUGAGGAACAAGAGAAAUUUCAUCCAAUUUUUCACCAACAGAGGAGCCCGAAUGGAAAACCUCACAACGGAAUUGAUUCCAGUAUCAUAAGAACAAUUCUGGAUUCUGCUGAGAUGACAAAAAAAUUCCGGGAAGAGAACUACAGCAGCUGGGUGUUUCCAGAAUGGGUUCCUUCCGCCAACAACUGGGAGCCUGUGCCAGAAAAUGAAUUAGAAAAAUACCUUCCUGAAGAACUGGAGUCGGCUGCCUUCAAAGUGUCCAGAGACAAUCUGACCCAGGAAGAGGCGCCUCUGCUAAGACUCAGCAGGUUUGAGGCGAUGGCAGCUCACCCGGGCCGCUGGGACAUGUUUCUGUUUGCUGGUGGACCCGUCUGGGCCCUGGAGUGGUGUCCCACCCCGGACGGCGCUCCGGCCUCGCAGUACAUUGCUCUGGCUUGCCAUCGAGGGAUGGACGACCUGCACUAUGUGAACCAGACCUACUCGGAACCUGGUCUGGUCCAGCUGUGGGACUGUGGCAAACUAGAGUACAACAAGAGACCAGACUCUCAGCCCUCCCUGGUCUACGGUUUGGCUCAGGACAAAGGCUUCAUCUGGCAGUUAAAGUGGUGUCCAGCAGGAGGCUGGGAGCUUCCUGACUCUGUCAGAAAGGCUCCUUUCUUGCCCAGACUGGGCCUGCUGGCUGUCGCCACGUCCAGCAGCGUGGUCACCAUCUACAGCCUGCCUCAUCCCGACGCUCUGCUCUCAAACACAAAACUCACACACUCUGAAAGAAACAAUGAAAAACCACCAAUUUACAAGGUGCGAGGUGUGAUAACGCUAAAACUGGGCUGCAUCAAAUCUCUUCGAGAAGGAAAGAGCGGACAGGUUCUGUCUAUGGAUUGGCUUCCUCAAAAACCGCACAACAUAAUGGCUGUUGGAUUUUACGAUGGUGUUGUUGGACUCUGGGAUCUUUGUACAAAAUCUUCCCUGUUGCGGGUCAGAGAGUCAGACCGAUCUUUGACUCUGCUGCCCUAUCGAUCGAUACUCGCUCACGACAACGCCGUCAGAGCUCUGGUCUUCUGUCCUGCAUCCAGAUACUUGUUGACAUCGGCGGGUGAGGACCGCUGCUUGAAGACCUGGGACCUGAGGAGGCUCAGUAACAUGGUCAAGGUCCAAAAACGCCACCUGACCACUGAGCUCCUCUGGCCGCUGGACUCACCCGGGGUUCUGGUUGCCCAGGAAUCUGCCUUCGUACCGAGAAGUUCAGCUGGAGUUCAUUACGUUGAUCACUACCUGCGCUCCUACUUUGCGAUUCCUCGGAGUACGUCUGUCUGGUCCUUGUCUUAUUCUGAUUGGCUGCACACCGUGAUGUCAGCAGAUACGCUCGGCGAUGUGAUUCUCGCCAUCUUACCGCUGCCCAACUGCUCUGUCAAGAAAACAUCCAUGAGACGUUUUCCUGCCUACGUCACAUCUUUGGAGCCUUACGAAGCAGAAGGAGGACAAAAUAAGGGUGAGGAAGAGGAAAGACAAGAAGCAGAAGAGAGAGAAAAACCAAUAAACGAUGAAGACGAGGGAGGAAGAGUUGGAGGAGAUUCAAGUCUUCGCCUGCAGUUUCAGACGUACAAACAGGCUGUUAAGAAAUACUACCUGCACUUUAGAGACUUAGAUAUGCGAUGCCUUACAGGACUCAAUAAGCACGUUUUGUGGAAACGCAUGCAGAGCACAGAACUAACAGCAGUUAUGAACCUGGAUGACAUGCCGCUGGCUGCUCUCUACAAGGCCCGGUUCAACCCGAACAUGAGCAGCCAUGUGUGGAUUGGUUCCGCGGGUCAGACGGGCCUGGUGAGGCUCCACUGUGCCAGGACUUUCAUCACCCCACAAGUCAAGAACCUAAUCAGUAAUCAUCAGGCCCAGUUCAGCGCGCUGUACCGGGUCCAGAACCGCAGCGACGGCGACCAGACGGCGGCGGAGCAGCGAGAGCAGCACAGUUUACCUCACAGCGCGGCCACAAGGUGAAACGUUUCAUCAACCAGCCCUGGAUCCGCAGCAAAACAUCAAAUAAAUCUGUUCUGGUUUUAAAUGCAUGUGUGAAUGUUAUGAAUCAGUUUGCAAAAGGAAUGAAACACCUGACUUUUAUCUCAGAAUUUAGUUUUUUUUCUCUCAGAAUUCUGAAUUUUGACUUUUCUCAGAAUUCAAACUUGAAUCUCAGAAUUAUAGAAUUUCCUCAGAAUUCUGUCUGUUUCUCAGAAUUUUGACUUUUUUCUUGUAAUUCUGACUUUUUGAAACAUCUCAGAAGAUUAACAUCAAAAUUCUGAGAAAACAAAAACUAAGAGUUUUCCAUAAUCCUCCCCCAAAGAAAGCAGAUGAGCAGAAGUACAGAAUUUAAAAGUCAUGGCUGAAAUCAAAGAAUUUUAAACAUUUUUCGGUGUUUUUUUUAAACCCACUCUUCACACAAACAGCAGAAAUCAUAAACUUAAAAAACAAAAAACAAUCAGUCACGUCGACAAAGAGAGGUUUUUGUUGACAGUAAUUCAGACGACGGUUUCAGUCAGUUUUGUUAUAAAAACUUUGCAGCCUGCAGCUGAGUGCCUUUUGUUCAAGUUUUUUUUUUUAGCAAAAACAUGUAUUUUAUUGGAUUAUUGCUUUUCCUCUGGUGUGUUAUUAUGGGAUAUGUGAAUACCUUUAUGUAUUGUACAGAAACAUCAACGUGAAAGUAGAUUUUCACUUCCAGCUAAUUUUAUCUUGAGCCAAAAGCUCAGGCCUGGUGUUUGUUUUUUACAGAUUUAUUUUAAUCUUAAUUUAUAAUUAUAAAUAUUUAAAGCUGUUCAUCAAUUCCUUUUCUACUUGUAUUUUUGCAAUGCUGCUUAUAAUAAAAGAGUUUUUUAA